GGGGAGAGAGACGAGGCUGGAGGAGUGGAAGGAGAAAGAGAGAGAUAGACUGAAAGAAGGAGAGGGAGAGAGAGAGAGAGAGAGAAAGAGUCUAGGCCCAAAUAAAGCCAUGGGGGCCAGGACUGGGCUGGAUCCCCCUUUGCUAUAAAUACGCUGGCCGCCUGGAGGUUCGGGUUUGGUGGUUGGGGCUUGAGACCAGCGACCGCCGCUCCCGCUGCCUUCGCUGCACUCUUCCUCAGGGGAAUCUCCUUCGCAUACUCACCGCCUUCAUCCUGGUCAUCGCCGCUCUGGGCAUCCAAGAUGCCUCGCGUCGACGCAGACCUCAAGCUGGACUUUAAGGAUGUCCUCUUCAGACCCAAGAGGAGCAGCCUCAAGAGCCGCUCAGAGGUGGAUCUUCAGAGGACCUUCACAUUCCGCAACUCCAAACAGACCUACACCGGCAUCCCCAUCAUCGCUGCCAACAUGGACACCACGGGCACAUUCGAGAUGGCUCAAGUCCUCAGCAAACACACCCUCUUCACAGCCAUUCACAAACACUACUCUUUAGAUGACUGGAAAAACUUUGCCACUAGUCAUCCAGAAUGCUUAGAGCAUGUAGCCGCUAGCUCGGGGAGCAGCAACACAGACCUGGAGAAGCUGUGUGCCAUCUUGGAGGCCAUCCCUGCUCUCAAGUACAUCUGUCUGGACGUGGCCAACGGCUACUCCGAGUACUUUGUGGAGUUCGUCAGGAGAGUCAGAGAGAAGUUCCCCAAACACACCAUCAUGGCUGGUAAUGUGGUAACAGGGGAGAUGGUGGAGGAACUCAUCCUCACUGGAGCUGAUAUCAUCAAAGUGGGCAUCGGGCCAGGGUCUGUCUGCACGACAAGGAUCAAGACGGGAGUGGGCUACCCACAACUCAGCGCCGUCAUCGAGUGUGCAGACUCGGCUCACGGACUCAAAGGACACAUCAUCUCUGAUGGAGGUUGCAGUUGCCCAGGAGAUGUAGCUAAGGCCUUCGGUGCCGGGGCUGACUUCGUGAUGAUGGGAGGGAUGCUGGCAGGCCACGACCAGUGCACCGGGGAACUCAUCGAGAAGAACGGCAAGAAGUACAAGCUCUUCUACGGCAUGAGCUCCGACACGGCCAUGAAGAAAUACGUCGGUGGAGUUGCUGAGUAUAGGGCAUCCGAGGGCAGGACGGUGGAGGUCCCGUACAGGGGAGAUGUGGAAAACACCAUCCGCGACGUCCUGGGGGGACUCCGCUCCACCUGCACCUAUGUGGGUGCAGCCAAACUCAAAGAGCUCAGCAGGAGAACCACCUUCAUCCGUGUCACACAGCAGUCCAGCCAAAUGUUCACCUAGGGGGAGGCGGCGGGGCACACUCCUCCGUACACAGGCAAACAUGCACUGCAUAAAUAUGCAUUAUACAUAUUCUAUGCAGAAACCACAUGUGCAAUAGUAGGACUUCAUGACCUCACUUUCAUGACCACCCAGCCCGCCUCUCUCAGGAUACCUGCUGUCAGAAAGCAUCUCGACUGACUUGAAUCACAAGGAUCACUGUACUCCAUUCGAUUUAAUCCCACAGAAAGUGCAUUUACCUGCUUGCAGACAACAUUGUAUUUUAAUUUGUGACGGCGUGUUUCCGAAUGCGAAUGUGCAAUAUCGUCCUAAAAAAUAAAUAAAAGAGAUCACUGAGACCGAA